AUGAAACUCAGUCUUCAGGUCGCAUGGUCGGUCGAGCAGUCCGAGAUCUCUCCAUUCUUACUGGAGCUCGGCAUAUCAAGAGGUGUCAUGGCGAUCAUAUGGAUAGCUGGUCCACUGUCAGGUGUACUGGUGCAGCCAUAUGUCGGAAUGAAAUCGGACAGAUGUCGAUCAAGAUUCGGAAAACGACGCCCGUUCAUGGUCGCUGGAGCAGUCGCUACCAUCGUCUCGCUCAUGGUGCUGGUAUGGUCGUUUGAGAUCACUCGUGGCGUACUAUGGGUCUUUGGCGUCCCGAAAGAGAGCAACACGACCAGGGUGACCGCCAUCGUGGUCGCCGUCUUGAUGUUAUACGUCCUGGACUUCAGUAUCAACGUCCUCCAAGCAUCAGCUCGAACCUUCGUCGUCGACAGUGCACCGGCGUUUCAACAGGAUAUCGCGAAUGCAUGGGCCAGUCGAGUCUCUGGUAUCGGAGAUAUCAUAGGGUUUACCUUCGGAUACCUGAAUCUUGGUCAAUAUUUACGCGCUCUCGGUGACAGUCAGUUCAAAGACCUGGCGUUUCUCGCGUCUAUGGCGCUCAUCAUAUCGACGGCAAUCACCGUCACGAUCAAAGAACGAGGGGGAGAUUCCGGGGAUGAUCGACAGAAACAGACGCUUGCCGGGUCAUUCAAGGAACUCUGGCACGUCACCCGUCGACUGCCACCCCAGAUCAAGAAGAUCUGUUUUGUGCAGCUCGCGGCUUGGAUUGGUUGGUUUCCGAUACUCUUCUACACCUCGACAUGGAUCCGAGAUCUCUAUAUUGCGCCUGUUCUCCGGAAACACCCUGACGUACCAGCAGACGAUCCAUCUCUCUCGGAGCAUGGUACAAGAUUGGGGUCGCUGGGAUUACUCGUCAAAGCGGUAGUUACCCUCACCUGCAGCGUGGCCUUCCCCUGGAUCGUGCGGAAAGUUCACCUGCUCACCCUCAAGCGCAUCUGGACCGCAUCACAUGUCAUCUUCGCGGUGUUAGCGGGCCUCACCUUUCUCGUGGACCGGGUGAGAUCAGCUAUCCUCCUUACCGCGUGCAUGGGCGUGCCCUGGGCAAUCACCUUAUGGGUGCCAUUCUCACUUAUCGCGGCCGAGAUGAAGAAAGACACGCGAAGCGAGAGUGACGCGGGCGCGAUCUUAGGCAUCCACAAUGUGGCUAUCGCGGUACCUCAGGUCAUCGCGAUACUGGCGAGCAGUGCUAUCUUUCAGUCCCUACACACUGAGGCUGGCCAGGCGGAUCCGGACAGUAUUGCGUGGGUAUUCAGAUUUGGAGGGGUGAUGGCUCUGGUGGCUGCUGGGUUGACGUGCAGACUGGAGGACAAGGUGGAGGAGGGUUGA